UGAAGGGCGGUUCACAGUGACUUAGGUGUUUAACCGCCCCUCUGGAAAAAAAACGUAUAGGCCAACUAACCAACGCCAAGAAGAAAAAAGAGCGGGAAGGCCUCCACUUCCGCUGUGGGUACCUGCUCGAGCUGCAGGGGGCAAUCCUCUUCCGCGGAACCCCCACUUCCUCCUACCCUUCCCCCUUCAGUCAACCCCUCCUCCCGACAGACUCGCGGUUCCAGGCGGCGUCUCCAUACGGAACAUCCUGCCUUCUGAGCGGCGAGGGGGGGAGGAGAUAGCGAGAGAGAGGAAAGACAGCCGGAGGGAGGCGAGACGAGCCAGUAAAGCCAUCAGGAGCGAGCGGAAAGGUGGCCUGGAACUCGAGAAGAGGAGGGGGACCUUCUUCUUCGUCCGGCUUCUUUUUUUUGUGAGUGUGGAUUUUAAAAGGUUGGCCGGCGGCGCGCUCUGAAAGUUGGACCACAGACGGCUUCGACGACACCCCCUCGAAGGAGGCAGCGGCGGUUACCACCAACCGGGAGGCUGUGGCCGCGUAACCCGCUAGCGAGCAUGAGGCUGUUGCCCGGGCUGCUCUUGCUGGCGCUGGCCGCUGUGCCACCGGCUUACGUCGCCGCGGGACAGACGUGGUUGCCCGUCGAUGACGAAGGCUCAACGGCGGACGAGUUCUACGAUGACGAGGACCUCUACUCGGGAUCCGGCUCUGGAUUUCCCGACAUUAGCGUGAGGCCGACGUCAUUGUCCGUAUCCUUCACCACAGAAGAUCCCAUCCCUUCGUCCACCACCCAGGCCACCGGUCCCGCACCCUCGGCCGCACCGGCGGCCGAGCCCAGCGCCGACCCCAACCCCGCCGCCGCCAUCACCGCCGCUGCGACAAAAGCAACCACCACCACCGUCGUCGUCACCACCACCACCGUCGCCACCACCACCACCGCCGUCGCCGCUGCCCCUAUCACCACCGCUGCCACCCUCUUGCCGACAGAAACGGACGGCGAGAGCGGUGCUUUCUGGGAACUGGAGUUGGAGAAGGAGAAGCAGCUGGAGAGGGAGCGUGAGCGGGAAAGGGAGCGGGAGCGGGUUCGAGAGUUGGAGCGCCAGCGGGAACGGGAGCGGGAGAGGGAACGGGAGCGCGAAAGAGAACGCGAACGAGAACGGCAACGAGAGCGGGAGAGGGAGCGAGAGCUGGAGCGCUUAAGAGCCGCCGCCGCCGCCGCCGCCCAGACCACUGCCACACCCAAAUCCUUAGCUCCCAUCGCCGCGGUGACAACCGUACUGCCCACCCAAGAAGAAGAGGACGUGUACCUGUCUCCGGAAGCUACGUCGCUUUACCCCGUCUCGGACGUGGACGCCACCUCAGAGGACGACCUAUCCCCCACAGAGGAGCGCACCACCGCCACCCCGCCCACCACCACCCUCAAAACCAGGUUCCCCUUCAGGCCCAGGGUCCCCGUGGCGACGACCACGCUGAGGGCCCCCACGGAGAGAAGCACACGCCCAGCACAGCCAACGACGACGCAGGCACGUGCCGAGGAAGGCAACAACGAGGUGGCCGUCGUGGGGCCCAGCGGCGACUUCGAGAUCCGCGACGACCAGCGCAGCGAUCUUGGCCGCGCCCUGACGCCGGAGGAUCCGGAUCUGGUCGGCAACACGGUGGAUGGCGGCAGCUCAGCCGCGCAGCUCCCGCAGAAAAACAUCCUGGAAAGGAAAGAAGUCUUGAUAGCGGUCAUCGUCGGUGGCGUGGUGGGCGCCCUGUUCGCUGCCUUCCUGGUCAUGCUGCUGGUGUACCGCAUGAAGAAGAAGGACGAGGGCAGCUACACACUGGAGGAGCCCAAGCAGGCCACCGUCACCUACCAGAAGCCGGACAAGCAAGAGGAAUUUUACGCGUAACGCAUGACCGCCGCUGCUGCUACGAUGACGCCAAGCCUCCUCUUCCUCCGCAUUGCUUUCCACCCUGACCCCCAACCCCCACACCACCACCACCACCCCACCCACCGCUGUCUCUCGCUCUCUCUUCCUCUCAUCUGCCAACCAACCACGAGAGCGCCUUUUUUAUUUUGGGGACUUGGAACUUUCUUUUCAUUGAAAGUGUGGAAAAAGGGGACAAAAAAAAACAACAAAGCAAAAAUACUCUUUAAAAAAAACACAUUUUUUUUCUAUGUUUGUUAUUAAUAUCUCUUGUUCUGUAUGUGACAAUAUGAUUAUUUUGUAAGAAAAACAUCAAAACUGAACACGUUUGGGUGUGACGGCGUCUAAAGAAAAAAAAAAGGUACCUUGGAGUUUUUAGUGAAAAGGCCAAAGGAGAGGAGAGAGGAGGCACGAGGCAGGGCAGGAAAAAUCCUCGCCAAAAACGAGAAUCUGAUUGGUCGCACAGAGCCUGAGGUCGAAAGGAAAGGUCUCGCCGGUGCCUUCCGUCCCUCUGCUCGCACGCACGCGCUCUCACACACACACACACACACACUCACAGGUGGCUGUGAUGACUCGCUCGGUGCUCGCCCAAUCAGAACACGGCACGUCCAGCCUUCUCGUUGCUGUAAAAAGACUAGUGAUGGAUAGUAAUAAUCCACAACAUAUCCAUCAAUGUUUUGGCCUGGAUGGUUGAAUAAUUCUAAUAAUAAUAAUAACAAUGCUGUAUUGAUAAUACUUAAACAAAGGUGUAUUUAGCUGUUUUAAACAAACACAAAAAGUUUAUAAGUAAAUAUCGUUUUUACUUUUCUGGCAUCACUAAUCAUCUGCCUGGGCUUUUUUUUAAUAUCUUUUUUUAAUUUAUCUGUCAUCAAUUUACAUGAGCUGUGCUCUCAUCACACACACACACACUCUCACAAAACCUCUGAUUUUUGUCCAUUUUCACUUCUACUCCAAAUAUUCUUGUUCAUUCUGACUUUCUGUCCCAAUAUUUUGGACCAUCGUCAGUACUUGUCCCCAUAUUUGUGUCUUUUGUCCCAACAUUGUCUAUACUUCCUUUUUGUCCAUUUUCACUUCCUGCAAGUACAAGUACAAUAGAUGUGUCCAGAUACUUUUGUCCACUUCAACUUCCUGUCUGAAUGCUUUUGUUCAUUUCCCGACAUUUUUGCCCAUCUCGACCAUGUCCGAUUCAAUUUCUCUAGGUCCAAAAAUCGGAAUACUUUUGCGAAUUUUCUACUUCCUGUCCCGACAUUUUACACACACACACACGUGCACACCUACGCACCCGUGUAAUGCAAUACUAUCGAUGAAUCACAUGGCUCGCCGUCAGCCCGUUUCUUAUCAAUUGGUUUUAGCCAUCAGUUGCUGCUCGGCUUUGCAGCCGUGCCGCCCUUACCGUCAACGUUUGCAUGACUUUCAUUUACCUGCAGAGGAGAGGGAGGUGGGGCAGGUUUGGACUUGCGGGGUGGGUGGUGCUUUUUAUCUUAGAGAUUGUAACCACGUCAGUGCGACUGGACUCGUAGCUUCUUAUACUCAGUACUGUAGAUAAAAAAAAAACAUGCAUGGGAGUAAAAACUAUAUUAGUGCGUGUGUGUGGGUGUGUGAGGUGGUCGACUGUGUGUUAAACUCUUUUAGCAGUUCUCACGCUCUUCCACAGACAGGUGAAAUUUCGUUCACUGGUGUGUGUGUGUUACAGGUAGGAAAAUGAAAAUUUGACAUAUAGUAUGUCAAAUAAAGGGUUAGCCGAUUGCCCCUAAAAAUAAAGAUGUGCCCUUCCUUUGGCAGCAAUGAUUUGAACACCAGCUCAGUGAUAUGUGGCUUUCUGUUAAGCCCACAUAUUGCUGAGCGGGCAUUAAAUCCAUCGUGAUUCCCUUGCUGAAUGGAGAUAAAGUCCUGAAAAAGGGCUAAAUUAGUCCUCAAAAGUCCGUAAAGAUCCAUAAAUAAAAAGCAGGUGGAAGAGUGGGAACCCUGUCCAAGUGUGUGUGUGUGUGUGUGUGUGUGUGUUGCGCGCGCAGACCUCAACCGAACUUGCAACUGCGGGUGCGUGUAUUUCACAGUUCAAUAUAGCGUGCACUGAGUGUGUGCACGUGUGUUUGCUUACUCACAACAGAAUGUCUCUCUCACGCACACACGCGCAUAUGACGAGCGUGUCCGUCCACACGCCGCUUCCGCACAGGCAGGAGUGACGUGAACACGUGUUGUCUUUUCUAAUGUGACUCUUGUCUCAAAGUGUGUGCGUGUUUGUGGCCCAGCUUGUGCGCGGGCGUGAGUGCGCGUAAGGCCGAAGGAGGCGGACACGACUUCUCCGUUUUGCUGUUCUCUCAUUCCUGUUUUUAUACAUUUGCAUUUUUUUAAGGCUGAGUUCUUUGUGUCAUUUGGCUGCGUGAGUGUGCGAGGGGGGCCCAACCUCCGCGUGCGUCACUGUCGCCCUGUCACUAAUCUGCCUCUCUGUUCCAAAUAAAAGACCUGAUUGGCUACAAAAAA